AUGAGAGCGCCUUCCCCGCCGCCGCCGGCUCCCCGCCCACCCCCACCGCUCCCGCCGCCGCAGGCCCCCUCCGUCCCUGCCGACCACCCGCCUCCCCAGCCCCCGGUGUACAACAUCGACAAGUCCAACUUCCGCGACGUCGUGCAGAAGCUCACAGGCUCGCCGUCCCACCUCCUGCCGCCGCAGCCCGCGGCCGCCCCGGCCCCCGCCCGUGCCCCCCUCAUGGCGCCGCCACCCCCGCCUCCUCCGCCUCACAUCAUGGCGCCUCCGCCGCCGACGGCGAUACCCUCCCGCCUCCACCGCAUCCGCCCGCCGCCGCUGGCCCCGCCGCCCAUCCUUCCCCCGGCACCGCCGGCGCUCUCCCCGCUCCCGCCGCUCCCGGCGGUCUGCAUGACCGCGGAGUCGCCCAUCUCCGCAUACAUGCGCCGCCUCCGCGGGAUGCCCUCGCCGAUCCACGUGCCCACGUCGCCGCUCGGCUUCGGCUGCCUGCCCUCGCCGCGGACGCCGCCGUCGCCCGGCGUGCCCAUGCCGGCCACCAGUCCCCGCGUCCGCGACCCGUGA